AUGACGCCAAUCGUGGCGAGACCCGAUGAGAGGGGGAAAUCCAACGGCGCGUUUGCCGCGAAAUUGGAAAACUUUGCCCUUCACACUUCCCAUAUCCCCGGCUCAUUGCAUUUAGUUCGGUAUCCUUUCCGUUUUCGGUUUUAAACUGUAAAUGACUUCAAGAAGUACAAAAAGAGUGUUUCUUGAAAUCGCCAUUGAUGGUAAUACUGUCGGCAAGAUCAUCAUCGAACUUUUCGACAAACUCGGUUAGUUUUUUUUUUUCAUUUUCCUCGAUUUCUGUUUUUUUUUCUAAAACGAAAGUCAAUGUCUUCUGUUUUCAAAAGGUUAUUAAAAAGUUUUUCGAAACAGAUUCACUGUAAUUUUGUCAUUUCAGCUCCCAAAACAGCAGAAAACUUCCGAUGCCUCUGCACUGGAGAAAAAGGGAAGGUCAACAAUGUGAACCUGAGCUACAAGGGAUCACCUUUCCACAGAGUCGUCAAGGGCUUCAUGAUCCAGGUCCUCCCAAUUUUAUAAUUUGGAUUUAUAUUACGCCGUCUAUUUAGGGGGGUGACAUCACGGCUGGAAAUGGAACUGGUGGAAUGUCUAUCUACGGCAAAACCUUCGAAGAUGAAGAAUUUGUUGAAAGUCACAGCGAGCCGUAUCUUGUUUCUAUGGCCAAUAAGGUUUUUCUUUUUGAAAUAGAGGAGGAGCACAUUUUGUGAUUUUCAGGGUCCGAGCACUAACAGCUCUCAAUUUUUCAUCACUACUGCAAUCGCGCGUCAUUGUGAUGCUAAGCAUGUUGUUUUUGGACGGGUUCGAAUUUAUUCUGGUCAUUUUUUUCAAAGUCGAAUUUUUCAAGGUUGUCAAAGGACACGAUAUCGUGAAUAGGAUCGAGAACAUGAAAGUUGACGACUCAGCAAAACCGCUCUACGAUGUCAUGAUUAUGAACUGUGGGGAACUCUUCAAGAAGAAAAGGCAGCAAAGGUAAUUUUCCACGAAGAUUCUACUUUUCCUCAAUAAAAGUUGUAUUGCGAAAUAUAUUAUUAUUUCACAAAUAUUAUUUUUUUAGUGACAGUGAAUCGGAAAGGGACGAGAAUGUUGACACCUCUGCCAAGGACUCUGUCGGGGGUAAAUUAUAAAAGUGUUUUUUUGAAAAUAAUUAUUUUUUUCUAGGUCUCCACAAUUUCGAUUAAUGAGAUUCCGGAAGAACCAAAAAACGCACACAGCUUUUUUUGAUGAGACGAUCCAAAUCUCCGGAACGCAAGGUUGACUUUUUUUUCGCUAUUCAGAAAAAGUUGGAAGUUCAUUUCAAAACGUUUUGCUGUGACUUCCGUUAAUUUAUUUUUGUUUCGGACCUUCAUUGGGUGUAAUUUCUUUACUAAAAAAACUAAUUUUUUUCGAUUCUUUAUGCUUUAAGUAUAGAAAAUAAAGUUUAUUGCUCUGAGUAUGAAAUUUUUUUGAGUGUAGAAAGAAGAAUUUUUCAUCAAAAACUGGAAUAUUCAUCUUUUUCAGAACGAAAACCAAGAGCGCUCUAAAAGAAGGCCUGAUCGUGACCAAGGCCGAAGUCGCAGUCGCAGUCGGGACCGCGAUCGUCGUCGCAGCGAUCGAGACAGACGCGACCGCGAUCGCAGCGACCGUCAUCGUGAUCGCAACGGAAGCCGCGAACGAAGGCGUCGCGGCUCCAGAUCUCGUUCGCCGCGGAGGUCUUCUGGAAGAUACGGCUCUUCUCCACGAAGAGAGGUAUGCGUUUCUUAAAUUACUGCAAAAAAAGUUUCGGUUUCUUUAAAUGAUCUUUUUGAACUGUAGAAAAGUUUUGAAAAUAAUGAUAACUUUGAAUAUGAUUAAAUAAAUCAAAAAAGAAAGAACAAAAUUAACGAUUCAAGCCGAAUGAAUUCUCAAAACAGUUCAAUUAGAGCUUAAGAAGAGAAUAACUCUCUAAAACUUCAAUUUUGAAAAAUUUGAAGUUUCAAAUUGAAAGAACUCAUUAAGAAAAAUUAUCAUUAUAUAGUAGUUUUUCAGCGCCGAAGUGACCGGGAUGACGGAGUGAAAAGAGUCAAAGGUCGAGGAGCAAUCCGAUUCCAACGUCGAAGCGUUACUCCUCCUCAUUGGAGACGAGAGGAGGUUAUUCACAAGUCGAUUACCGAGUUUCUUAACUUCAAGUUCCAGAAGCGCACUAUGACUUUGGAGGAGCUGCACAAGAAACGUGAAAAACUCGGCAAAGGACAGGACUUCGUGGUUAGGCGAGAUAGGAACUUCGUCGACAACUUUGACUUGGCCAAAGCCGCCGAAAUGGAGCCGACGACUGAAGAAACGGUUGUCCGACAAGCUGCGAUCGAAGACAAGAAAAAGUCACCCGAGCCAGAAAAGCAAAAAGAAAAAGAGAAAAGUUCGAAGAAGGAUUCUCCUGCCAAAGAACGUCGUUCUCGAAAGGAGUCGAGCUCCUCUUCCAGCUCUGGUUCGGGUAGUUCAUCCAGCUCCGGUUCCUCUUCUGACUCCGAUUGAGCACAUUAACGGGUGUCUUUUCUUUUUUCUUUUAGUAUUUGUAACUAAAAACAUGAUGUUCUUGCUUUACUUUUGGUUUAAGUUAAGCUUUCAAUUAUUUAUUGUUGUUCAAAAUUAUCAUUGUAUGUUGUUAUUUUUGUAUUACAUGUUGUCUGAAUUAAUAAGUCGUGUAUCUAAAUUGUUUUUAUCGGUUUCUUUUUUUAAAUGUUUGGUCUAUCAAUACGAAUAAAAUUCGUGAAAGUAAUAAUUGGGUUCGGAUGUAGUUUUUUUGCUAGGAAAAUGAUCUGGAACGGAAAAAAAUCUAAGAAUAAAUUUUUAUUGAUUUAGCACAAUGCGUAAUGUGCGUAAAAUAAGGCUUUUAUGAUGCAGGAUACAAGGCGUGAAAUCACAGAUUUUUGAAGAAAUGAAAUUUAUAUCCAUUGUUUGGAGGAAAGUAGAUUUGAGAGAGAUGUGAAGUGAUAUAUGUUUCCAAGUAAUUUUGUAAAAACUAUGCUCAAUUUCAAGGUUUUUUUAAAAAAAUACGUUCUGUACUCUGAGGGAUUUUUUUCUUGGUUUUUUUAUCCAGAAUAGAAAUCGUAAUGAAAGUUUCAAGUUUGAAAGAAAUAGAAAAGGUAAAUGAAAAAAAUUUUUAAAGAGUUAUUAAUUUUACAACAUUUCUGAUUUUUUUAGAAGUAGAAAAAGUUCUUGAUAAAAUUUAUCUGGGAAGAAAUAACUUCGAUUGUUAUUUUAAAAACUGGUUGAAACAAAUUGCAAAGAAAUCAAACGCAAAUAAAUUUUCAGGUAUUGGAGGAGAUUAUUUAUUGAUGGUACAACAGUCGUUGGAAGUUGAUUCUGACAAAGUUCUCAAUAGCUCACUUUAUUGAAAAGACAUGAAUUUCCCAUCUUAUCCGCUCAAUAUCAGUUUUUCCAUUAUUCAUCAAAUAUUCCCCGGCAAAACUUUUUUGGAGUCUUGAAUGUAACGGCUCCAGAGUAACUGAAGUCAAAAACGUGCUUGAAAGAAUGUUUUAUUGAAUGAUCAGACUAUUGGUGCGAAUGUUCCCGAAUAAAGCAUCAUCGAGUCCAAUGAUAAGAUACAGGUUGUUUGUGCUCAGUAGCCUCGCAUAUUGCUUGUUGGUCCUCUUCCACUCCCAUGAUCGCAUCGUCCCACGCGAUCCAAUCACUGCCAUUUAUUUUUCUUCCAUUUUUCAACUCAACUUGCUCACUCUUUUUUCCGUUCUUGCCUUGAUUUUCAAUUUUCAGAAUGCGUUCUUCCCAUAUUUUGUUACUAUUUUUUGCGACUUUCGCUUGCUUUUAUGCAGCUGAAGUGUCUUCUUUGGCUGAUACUUAUCAGGUGCUAAAAUGCUACAAGUUUUUGAAAAUAAUUCAGUUGAAUUCAGGCAGUCUUGGAUACUGAAGAAGCAAUGAAAGAAGAGCUGAGAAACAAUCUCGAACACACAAAGUUUGACUCUAUAGUUUUUUUCGAAAAAAAUAAUUUUUUAGUGAGGCAAAAAAGGAGAUUUCCGAUAAAAUUCGCGACAAGUUAAAAAACACAAUGGAUACAUUGCGUCAAGCCAUUCAAUCAAAAGUUGAUGCUUACGAAUCUUACAAGCAGGUGCGUCAGAAAGGGUAAAUUUGAUACAAGGACUAUUACAGAAAGAAAGUGAAGCCAAGAAACAAGAGCGCCAGGAGGACGCUGAGCGUUGGAAACAAGUUUCGGAUAAAAUAAAGACUGUGAGCCCUUUUCAUUGGACUCUUUCACUUAUUUGUUCAGAUGUAUGACAAGUACAACCAAACCGUCCAGGACCGCAAGCAAGCAAGAAGACAAGUGAGAAAUUCUCUGUAGUGGACGAUUCUUAUUUCCUUUGUAGCAAAUGGAAGAGCUACUCGGACAGGUGAAAGCAGCCUACGAACAAGCUGCGCAAGAAAGAGAACAGAAAAAAGAAGAAAUGGCUCAGGUAGCUUAGUUUCAAACUUAAAACACCGAGGAAAAUUAAGAAAUGGAAUGAAGCUCGAGAUCAGCUGAAGGCGAAAGAGGAAGAGGUUCUCAAGCAAAUGAAAGAAGCUUCUGACAAGAGAAGAGCUGAGAAAGAACAGGUAAGACGUUAGGGCUGAGAAAAAAUGAAUUUUUUUUCAGAGAAUGGAAGAGUACAGAGCUGAACUAGAAAAGGUGAAAGAUUUGAUCGCCGAAGAAGCCCAAAGACGUCUUGACGAGAGGAAGCAAAUGCGUGAAGAAUCGAGAGAGCGUGUUGAAGAUCUAAAGUCUCAGAUCUCGGUUAGAACUAUUUUAUUAAUUUGUGAAUAUUAUGCGUUCAGUCUCAACAAACCGAACUUGAAGCGGACGCGAGAAAAGUCCUAGAUCAAUACAACCAGUACUCUCAGAAGAAAGAAAAACUUGCCGACACUAUCCAAGUGGUUCAACGUUCAAAUUUUCAUUUCCAAUGCUUUUUUUCAGGAAGCUAUCGACGAGCGCACGAAAGAAUCAAUGCGUGAAAAGUACGCUGACAGCCUGCAGAAGGAGCUUGACAAGGUGGGUUCCCACGGGGUUACGAUACUCUUGAAGAUAUUUCAAGGCUGCCGUCAAGGAAGUUCUGAAGGAGCAGGCUUAUGGAGCUGCUGCAACGGACGUUUUAGAAGACAUGGCGACUCCUGCUGCGGCUGCCGCCAAAUCGACUGUUCUGGACGAGUAUUUCAGCUUUUUCAAUCAGGAAGAUGAAGAUAAGGAUCUCAGAAUCACUGGAAAGUCGGCUUGGCAGACAGUUACUUGGAUUCUUCUUGCACUUUGCAUCUUAUUGGCCGUGGCUUUGAUUGUCCUCGUCAUUUACCAGGUGAUCACUAUUCGAAUCAAUCCUCAUUAAAUUGAAUUUAUUGUGAAACUGAAUUUUUGCCUUCUCAUUUUUGAAAAUUGACUUUUGCUUUGACCAACAGAUAAUCUAAUCGGUCUAUAGUAAAAACUUUGAAGAGUUUUUCCAGCACGAUCAGAAAGUUUAUUAGUUGUUCCUUCUAACCUUUUUUUAUAUAUGGUAAAUGAGAAUUUAUUUUCCUUCAAUCUACCAUCAGAAGAACAAUUUUUUUGGGCAGCGAAAAAAAGGACUUGAAAAAAGCGAAAUCAUACUGAAUUGUUAGCAGGUAAAGCAGAGAAGUGUCUACGAACGCCUUGAAGGCUACGACGACAAUGAACACGGACAUCUCCUGCCUCCUGGAACCAGCUACACGACCGCCAAGGGAUACGCCAACACGAGCAGUCCUUCAUCCGUCGUCCCCGUUCGUGAGAGCCAACAAUUCUAACCUUUUUUCAUCAUUUCCAUCAUGUAUCCGUUGUAAAUGCCUUGUAAAUCAGUAUACUCAGUAAACACAUUUAAUCGAUAGAAAUUGCUCUGAGACAAAACAUGUAGUUUGUAGCGUCUGCCGCGUGCUCCGCAAGCUCAAUGAGCAUCCUUAUCAGCAUCGAUUUGUUGUGGACACAAUUCUGGAUGUUUGGCCACACACCUUAUGAUGUUUGAAGUUGUGAUGUUUUGACACAAUUAUGGCUACAGACUAUGAAGCGAUUAAUUCUUGUUGUUAAAAUUUUAGAGAUCUUAAGAUAAAAAAGAAAGCCUGCGGUCAUUCUGAAAUCAAUAUCAUCAGAACCGAAUGGCGGGUUGAAGAAAAUUUUCGAAUUCGUAUUAAAAAAGUUAACAAAAUCUUCAAAAACGUUUUUACGACGCGAUGAAAACUAAAAAAAAACAUCCCUAAGACUCAAAAUUUUCAGGCAAUCAUGGAUAAUUUGGUUUAUCUUUCAGAGAAGCCUAUGUGCAGUAUUUCAUUUUUUCGACGCGUCUCUUUUUUUUUUCUUCGUAUUAGUACAGUUUUUUUGCUUCGGGAUUGAGACAAAAUUCAGUAUAACUUUCAUGGUGAGAGAAGGUGAUACAAUAUACAGUUUCAAUUUUUUUCAAUUUUUUUCACGAUGUCAUUUGAAUAAAAUUGCGGUUCAAAAUAAAAUUCUGAAAACAUCCGAUCGCUACUGUUUAAAAUGAUGAUCAAACAGAACGCGUUCGGUUUGAAAAAAAUUUUUAUUCCAAAACUUUUCGACCGAGCUCAAGUAGGUAUUUUUCUUGCGGAAAAGCAACUUUUAUCAAACAAUUUACUUUAAGAAAAUUAUGUUUUAUGUACCAAAACUUUAGGAUAAGAUAUGAUGAAACACAAAUAAUUUUCAGCACUGCAUCAGUUCACAAUUUCAGAUACAAAAAGAGUCUGUUGGCCGAACUUCCUGUCUUGACUCGAAUUACUGACGAGUUUGACCUUAACCAUUUCAAGUCAAAUGAGAGAAGUUCUGUUGAUGCGACUUGGGGCUAUUUCCUUCUCCGAAAGCUAUCGCGCAGAUGCGAUAUUUGACGAAGUCGGAUGGCAGGUCUGGUGUUUGAGCGGCGUCCUUGACGUUCCGAUAACUCAGUUCGAGUCUAUCGAGGCCUUCUCGCUAUCUUUGUAG